AUGGCAAGUGCUCGACGACAGUACAGUACUCCGUUUAAUCUGAACCGGUGGACGUUGUUGGUAUGGUACAGUUUUAUGUUGUGCUUGACAUCAUAUACUGUGGGUUGUCCGGAUCUGAUUCGCCGUCUGUUAGUGUGGAAUGAUACGGCAGGAGCGACGAGUGAGAACACGUUUGUUCAGAAGCAGCACAUCGAGAGCAUAGUGAAUCGCGGGUUUGCGACAGCUACAGCAUCUUCAUUUAUAAUUGCCAGUUUUUGCAACUAUGACACGCCGCGCGUGAAUGGAAUGUGGGCCAUGGCGACCUUUGUGGCUGGACAUGUGUUGCUAUUCAUGGCGGAGACACCGUUGAUGAACACGGCGGGGAUCAUGUUGAUUGCGACGACCUUCAGUUCCAGCUUUAACGCUCAUGUAUCUAUUACAAGCUUAUUUUCGGCCAGCUCGGAAAUGGUGUACGACGUGUUGGCUGCCGCUCCGGAUACGAGUACACUGGCACCGUUCAUUGUCGUAUUUGCACUCAGAAUGUUGGGGUACACUUUUGAGGAACCCAAUUCCCAGGCAGUCUUUGCCGCUGUCCAAAUCUAUGUCGGCCUCGUCAUGUUCCUCAGCUUCAUCCACCUACUUACUAUCCCAUCCAAACCGUUCGGAGACUCUGUUUCGCCUCAAUUCAAGGCACAGGUUGAAGGUAUGCCGCAACGUGUGAAGGUCUACUCCGCGAAAAUGGCCAAAUGGAGAGUUCUCCAGAAAAUGAAAGUCAAACUCUUCUGCGAUACCAACAAGGAGUUCUUGCUCUCCCAUCUCACACUCAUCGAACAGGCCGUCCAUCCGCUCUUCUGGACUCUCGGUUUCGCAUUCGGAUCAUCCAUCCUACGCAAAUAUCACAUUCUAUCUACCUUCCGUUUCACGGUGCACGAGUACGCACUGUUGAGCGACGUCCCGGCUGAACACGCUGAGAUGGUCAUUGAAGCAUUGAAUGUGGCCAACGCUCUGGCUUGGAUUCCGGCAACGUACUUGGCGCGUGUGUCCUCGCACAUCUCGUGCUGGCUUUUGGGUGGCAUCAUGGCGGUGACUUCCAUAAUUUCACAGGCUUGUCUAUGCAUCCCGAACGUGUAUGUCCAGUGGGUGACUGUAUUCUCCUUCUGGAUCUGGGGCUCGAUCAUGUACAGCUACCUGUUCAUCGGCCUGUCGGACUACUUUGGGAAGACAAGUGUUAACAACCUCCAAGGCCUCCACAUGCUACUCGGCGGCGCCUGGGGCUACGCACAUCCCUUCCUCAUGGAGGCACUCGGCUUCCCCUUCAUCGUCGACGAACUGAACGAGGAACGCUACUAUACACCCUUCCUCUUCGGCCUACGCGCAUUCGAAAUCGUACAUCUCGGCAUGCUCGUACUCAGCCUCUUCUCUGGCCUCUGCUCCGUCUAUGAAUGGGUCUUACUUGUCAACCAUGUUAAGACUUUAGCACUCCGCAAAACUGGCAAUCCCGCUGCCAAUGCUGCCACCGCCGAGGCCCACAGAGCACUCACCGCUGGUCUUGGUGGCCCCAGUCUCGCCUACAAGAUGCCCACACCUCUUCCCACUGGCAAUUACCAACCGCCGGCGUUCGAAGGCCGGUCUACUGGCAAUCAACCCAAGUCUGGGCAACAGGUCCGUGGGACGCAAAACCAAGUCCAGACUGGAGUCCAGAUUGGAGGCCAGACCCGUGCCCCCAGCGGUCAGAGUCACAGCCAAGGCCAGAGCCAGGGCCAGAGCCAAGGCCAGAGCCAAGGCCAGAGCCAAGGACAUGGUGGCCGGGCCUCGGACCACGUCGCUCGCGACGAGUUCGACUUUUUAGCGUCAUACCAGAGGCACGUGUUGGAGGUGAUUGAGGAGACGGAUUUCGACAACUUGGAGGAAGUUACGGCACUGGCUCAGACGCUAGGCGUUGACGUCUCAGAAGUAGUCCAGAUGGGCGCGCGCGCCUCCGGUGAUGGUGAGGAGGACGCCGCUCUACUUGACGACCUCGUCCUCCCAGAGACCGACAUCGACCCCGAUGAAUUGACCGAACAACUCUUCGCCGAGACACGCGCACAAAACCUCGGCAUGGCCAACGCCGCAGCCAGGCCCCUACGUCCCGUGCAACCUCACCGCCUCCUCCUCGACGCACGCAGAAGCGGGCUACCCACCAUCCUCGAAGACCUCAGCUCCGAAGACAGCCGGCCGCGCCGCGCCUCAGCCCUCUAA